AUUUCAUUUUGACAGUUCACCAGUUGUCUUUGUUGUUAUUGCAAGUUGAGGUGGAUUUCGUGUGCAUAUUAUUAUUUUAAUAACUACUGCGAAAUCAUCGACACAUUCAGAAAUAUCGGUGUAUUUGUUUAAGGAAUAAUAGUGUGAAUAUUGGCUUUAGUGCUAAGCUCUAAAUCCUUUAGUGCUAGCUAUUAAAGAAGAUUUAUCUUUCGGCAAAAUCGUAGGUAAUAUUAUUAUCUUAACUACGUAUUUCAAACUAUUACUUCAUCGUCUGUGUUGUGGAGGUUUUAUGAUCUACGUGGGCUUAUACAACAAAUAAAAAUGGAGGAGAAAGAACACACGCAGCCGAUGACAACUUGACAAAACAAAUGAAAUAAUAUUAAAACUAAUCACUAACCAGUUGCAGACUGUGAUUCUAAUCUAUACGUAAAACACGAUCUCUAUUAAUUUAAUUACAAUAAUUUAUAUAUAUAAAACUCAAUAACAAAAAAAACCAACAUCAAAGUCUAAACUAAUAAACAAAAACCUAAUUUUUUACAUAAAAAACAACCUACUUUAAAUAAUCAAAAAUUGAUUUUCAACUGUUCAAUGAUAUAAAUUUUAAUCAAUUAAAAAUAGUGAUGUAACUAAUAUGUAUUUUGCAUAUCGAUAGUCUGAAGGAAAACAAAAGUGAUACAGAUUAAAAGCUACAAUAUUGAUCGUGAAAUAUUAAAAAAAUAGGUUCGACUCAGACUAAAUAUAAUUAUAGAUAAAUAACUGGUAUAGAUAAGAAAUAAACCAAAAUGCCGGCGAUUCUGACGAAGAUUCGCGAGCAAGCGUUUCGCGUCCAGCCCACGGCGACGAUUGCGGUGGGAGUUGGCGUCGGCGUAGCGCUAGCGGCUUGUGCUGUGUACGGAACCAGGGAGAAGAAGCAAUCACCACCCUGUCAUAACAAUAAUAACUAUAAGGUAGCGAAAAAUGGUCAACUGCAACCGGUACAAAAUGGCGGCGAAGUGCAGAGCUGCGGGGGACGCUGCGGGGCGGAGCAGUGCGCGCUGUGCAGAGGAGACGCUGACACGGACAACAAGCAGAACAUUGAAGAUGCAGACGAAACACAAUCAACAGAGCCGGAGCACGUGCCCGGCCUUAAUUUAGAGUUCCUUAGACAGCUGAUCAGCCUGGCGAGGAUCAUGGUGCCGGGGUUCCGUAGCCACGAGGUGGCGCUGCUGGCCGCGCAUACAGUUUGCCUGUUCUCUAGAACCUUCCUGUCGAUAUACGUCGCGACCUUGGAAGGUUCAAUAGUAAAACAUAUAGUCCAAAAAGAUCUCCGAUCGUUCUCCUCGCUCCUGAUGCAGUGGUUCGGCAUCGCGAUCCCUGCCACCUUCGUCAACUCCAUGAUCAGAUACCUGGAGAGCAGGCUGGCUCUUGCCUUCAGGACCAGACUGGUGAACCACGCCUACGAGCUGUAUUUCAAGAACCAAACGUAUUAUAAAGUCGCUAAUCUCGACGCUAGGAUAGAAAACGCUGAUCACAGGCUAACAGAAGACGUGUCAGUGUUCACACAGUCGGUAGCCCACCUGUACAGUUCACUCACGAAGCCGUGCUUCGAUCUGCUACUCAUCGUACUAACUCUCGCAAGCUACUCUAGUAAAAUGAAGGGGAACAUUUUUAUUGGCCCCGGCAUAGCGACGGUGGUGAUAUGCCUCACGGGGCAGUUGCUGCGUAUACUGAGCCCGCGGUUCGGCGCGCUGGCGGGCGAGGAGGCGCGCAUGAAGGCCAACCUGCGCCACGUGCACUCGCGCCUCAUCGCGCACGCGGAGGAGGUCGCUUUCUAUGGCGGACACAAGGUGGAGCUAGGCCAGCUCCAGUCGGCCUACAAGGAGCUGGUGGCGCAGAUGACGUCGGUGUUCAACAAGAAGCUGUGGUACGUGAUGCUGGAGCAGUUCUGCAUGAAGUACGUGUGGUCCGGCACGGGCAUGGUGAUGCUGGCGCUGCCCAUCCUCACCGGCACCAGGGCUGAUGGUAAAUCAGACGAAAGCAUAAGUGCAAGAACAGAGUACAUGACGACGUCACGGAAUCUACUCAACUCAGCUGCUGAUGCUAUCGAGAGGCUCAUGUCUAGUUAUAAGGAAGUGGUGACCCUGGCGGGCUAUGCGACCAGAGUGUCAGACAUGUUGGUGGUGUUCGGCGAAGUGGCGCGAGGACGCUGUGUGCGAGCGGUGCACGUGUCGGCGCCCACUCACGGCUUCCAGGUCACCUUCCGCGACAAGCAGCCCAUCCCACAAGGUAAAAUCUCGUACACAACGGAUCUGUCAAUACGGCUGAAGAACGUGCCGAUCGUAACUCCGGCUUGCGACGUGGUCGCCAGCGGGGUCACCAUCGAACUGAAGCCGGGGACGCAUCUACUCAUUGUUGGACCCAACGGCUGUGGGAAGUCAAGUUUGUUCCGCAUCAUCUCUGGUCUAUGGCCCGUGUUCGGUGGGGAGCUCAGCGUGCCGAAGCCCUGCGAGUGCGCGCACUGCGCGGCCGAGCCCGGUGCGCCGCCGCACUGCCUUGCGCGACCUGUCAUGUUCUACAUCCCUCAGAGACCAUACAUGUCAAUGGGCUCGUUAAUAGACCAAAUUACCUAUCCCUCUCGCGUGUCGGACGACGACACGGCAGCAGAGGCACGCGCUAUGCAUAUACUGCGAGUGGUGCGGCUUGACGCGUGUGCAGCACGACACGGGGGACUGAGGGCAGUCUGUGAUUGGCGGAGCACGCUGUCUGGAGGGGAGAAGCAGAGGAUGGCGUGCGCUAGAAUGUUCUAUCACAGACCAGUAUACGCGCUAUUAGAUGAAUGUACGAGCGCCGUGUCCCUAGAGACGGAAGUGGUGAUGUAUGAGGAAGCCAUCAAGGAGGGCAUCACCUUGCUGUCCAUCACGCAUCGCCCGAGCGUUUGGAGGUACCACACCCAUGUGCUAGAGUUCGACGGCGCGGGCGGCUGGUCGUUCCGCGCGCUGGAGAAGGACGCGCCCGCCAUCACGCCCACCUUGCCGCGCAUCACCGAGUCCGCCGACACGCUCGACAAGGAACAGACCAUCGAGUGAUUUGUACCUAAAACUUAUUUAAAUUGUGACUGAAACUAUAACUUCCGUUUUUCCUAAGUUCGCUUAAAAGAUACACAAAUCGCAGAAAGCUUCUCGGAGAAACAUACAGAGUGUGACCAGAACGCUAGCAAAAACUUAGCUUUGUUAUUAUACUACCUAAACACAAUAUAAUGGCAAUAACCAUUUGCCUUAUCUUGUAGUUUUGCUGCUUUAGUAUUUUUCAAACCCGCAAUGUAUAGCGUGGAAAACUCGGGUCAAUGCCCCACUUACGACGUGUCAUUGACUCCGAGUAGCCUAUUUACGUAACGUUCGUGGACCUCUAGCGUCAGUCAAAUGUUUUAUUUGCAAUAUUGACCGUUUAAAAAUACAGCGUUUAUAAGUUCUUCGAUCUACAAGUGAUAUAUUUUUACACAACUUAUGUCGUCGACAUUCCAUCUACACGCACAAAACGUUUGGCGUCAUCAUUCCUCAUACGCACGGCUUAGGUUUGGAAUACUCUUCUGCGAUCUGUAUUUCCUACC